AAACACUCAGCCUUUUCUCUUUUCUUCGGACAUUUCCGAUCAGUUUUUCAUUUUCCCUCUCUCUAAUUUUUUUUUUUCCAUUUACAAAUCUUUGGAGGGAAAAUACUCUCUCGAACUCCUUAACUGGUGAAAACCCUAGAAUUUCCUGUCCUUUGAUGUUUGAGCACAAUUUAUAUGCCUUUUCUCUCUCUCUUCAAUGGCCGAAGUCACUGCCUUUUCCACUUGCAGGAGCAGCUGCUGACGUAGAUUCAAAUUCCGCCGCCGUUGCUUCGCUCGAAUUCGUCUCAGAAGACAAGGUGAUGGCUGCUACGCAGAUCCUGACUCCAAAACUGCAGUGAUUCUUCUUUGGUUGUGUUUCUGGUUCUGUAGUUUGAUUAGUAUUGUAAGUUAAAGUACGUGUCAUUCAGAACAAAUGUCUCAGGGAGCAGACCAUUCCUUUUCUGGUGUGUUGGUGUAAUUUGGUUGAUUAGCUACUAAGUGUCUUAAGAAUUGGACUUCCUCCUUCAAGUUGGAAAUGCAAACCAAGAAAAAAGUUGGUGUAAGAAGCUCUGUCCGGGAUCCUGUUAGUCCAAAGGCUUCAAGACAUCAGAAGAAGGUGCCUGACAAUGUCCAAAUUGCAGAGAAGAAAGUCACAGAGAUAAUCACAUCAUCUGCUAGAAAGCAAAAAUAUGGUGGCCCUCAUGCAAAGAAUAGGCAGGAGCAUGUUCCUGCCACAAACUUGAAUACUAGAUAUGAAAUGGCAGAGGAUGAUGCUUCUAACACCUGUUUGGGGUACAAUGGAUCUGAUUGUGUUUCCUUGGAAUGUAAGGGCCGUGAUGAUGGAUCUGCUCAUCGAAUUUUAGAAACCAUAUUUUCUUCUCCUACAUUUCACAGUUCUAGAAGUGUUGGAGGGGAAAUUGCCAAUGGAGUGGAUUUUAUCAAAUUUUUUGGGAGUGGGGAUGAGAAAUUUCAGGAUUUUGGAAAAGAUGACUCACAGAUGGAUAUGCUGAAGGGCAACCAUAUGCAUGAUUCUAGCGAGCACACAAUGACAUUGAUGAAUGUGACAUGCCCUGAUUUAGCUGGCAACCUGUCACCUGAAGUUUCAGCUAUAUAUCUUUCUAUGAAAAACUCAAAGUUGGAAUGCGUUGAUGAGCGAGAUGAAGAUCACAUGUCAACGGAUGCUUGCAUAGAGGAUGAUGAAUGUGAAGAAUUUGAUGACUUUGACCCGUAUUUUUUCAUGAAGAAUUUGCCAGAUCUGUCAUCAGUGGUCCCUACUUUUCGACGUAUGCUGCUACCAAAGCAGACAAGGAGUUGUCCUCCCACUACUCUUGUUUUGGACUUGGACGAGACAUUGGUGCACUCUACACUAGAACCUUGUGAUGAUGCAGAUUUCACCUUUCCUGUGAAUUUUAACCUCCAAGAGCAUACAAUCUAUGUCCGAUGUCGUCCUUAUCUAAAUGAUUUUUUGGAGAGGGUAGCUGGCCUUUUCGAAAUUAUUAUAUUUACUGCUAGUCAAAGCAUUUAUGCGGAGCAGCUUCUUAACGUACUGGAUCCGAAAAGGAGGAUAUUCCGCCAUCGUGUUUAUCGUGAGUCAUGUGUUUUUGUGGAGGGAAAUUACCUGAAAGAUCUAUCAGUUCUUGGCCGCGAUCUGGCACGUGUCAUUAUAGUCGACAACUCUCCACAGGCAUUUGGGUUCCAAGUGGACAAUGGAAUACCAAUUGACAGUUGGUUUGACGAUCGUUUGGAUCAAGAGUUGCUUUUGUUACUCCCCUUUUUGGAGAGUUUAAUUGGUGUUGAAGAUGUUCGGCCGGUGAUUUCUAAGAGGUACAACUUAAGAGAUAAAAUAGCUGCAGCUAUUUGUCCUUCAAUCUCCAACGCUGGAGAUCCUUUCGAAAGAUGAUUUUCUCAGUUUUGCUCUUUGUAGCGAAGCAGCCUUUACUUGUAAUUGAGACUUUCUGGGGACAUAGUACUCUUCAGUUAGUUAUUUGUUGUGCGGAUUGUGCUCGAAACAAUCAAAAUCUCGAUCAAGAAAGGGGUGAGAAAUAGAGAUGUCGUGCUCUGUGAUCAUGUGUCCGCCGUUAAACCUUUCUUUUCUGAAAAUGAUGGUUAUGAAAAGCGUUGACAUGCAAAAUUCUGAGUCGGUUGAGGGAUCAGAAUUGUGGUGGUGUUAAUGUAUAUGCCUGAUGUAACUUCGUUGAUCAUGCCUGUUAGAAUGUAUUUGAACCGCAAAAUAAUUGAGAAGUUCUUUUAUCAUCGGCAAAUGAAGGUGUCAGGUGUUUGCAGUA